AUGGAGGGAAAAUCAUGUCUGCGAUGGGGUAUUCUGGCCACAGGACGAAUCGCCGAGAAUUUCGCAAAGGAUCUUCUUAUCGACCCGACGACCAGAGAGGUCACCGACGUUGCCCACGCCCUCAUCGGCGUCGCUUCCUCUCGCUCUGAAGAAGCAGCAAGCGCCUUUCUCGACAAAGUCCAUGCACCGUCAUCCUGCCGGGCAUACGGCAAUUAUGGAGACCUGGUCAACAGCUCCGAAAUCGACAUAGUUUACAUCGCGACGCCGCAUUCGCACCACUUCCAGAACGCCAUGCUUGCUCUGGAAGCCGGGAAGCAUGUCCUAUGCGAGAAGGCUCUGACGGUAAACGCGCAGCAGGCCAAGAAGCUCUUUGUCACUGCUGUGCAGAAGCAGCUGUUCCUCAUGGAGGGCCUGUGGACGCGGUUCCAGCCAGCUGGCGUGCAAGUUCGCCGUCUCCUCCGGGACGCUGAUGACCGAAUGGUGAAGAAAGAGCUGGCGGGCGGUGCACUGUUGGACUGUAGGCAUGCCAGCUCCUGGCUCUCCCGCAACCAUACUGACAAGAAGGCAGUGGGCGUCUACUCCAUUCACUGGGUGCUACAGGCGCUGCAAAACGAAAACCGCCGUCCAACGGAGAUCUAUUCCAUCAUGAGCAAGUACCCUGCCACUGGCGUCGAUGAAACGACCACCAUCAUGAUGAAGUUUCCAGCUGCCACCGGAGACGGGCCUGAGGUGCACGCCAUUGCCGCCGCAAGCCUGCGCGCCGCGACUAAUUCAGAUGGUAAGGGCCCUGCAGUGCGCAUCCAGGGCGAUCGAGGAGAGAUACAGAUCUUCGGAUGGCCCUGGUGUCCAUCCAAGCUGCGUGUCGUCCAGCGAGAGCAAGGCUUCGGCAACGUGGGAGUCGCCCGUGAGUUAACUAACCUCAUCCCUGGCGGCGCACACGGGCUCUGCUUCGAGGCAGACGAGGCGGCGCGCUGUAUCCGCGAGGGUCGACUGCAAAGCGCCGAGAUGCCCUGGGCCGAAAGUCUGGUCGUAAUGGAGAUCAUGGAUGCGGUGCGCAAGGAGAUGGGUCUGUCGUUCCCAGAUGAGAUUGAAUCUCUGGCGUAUCCAGUGGAAUUGCAUUCUAAGCUCAAUUAG